AUGGCUCCCUCGCUGGCAUCGCAGCGCAACUCCAAGCGAUAUUCCACCAUCAGCAACCAGACGACCAGCAGUAUGAUGACGAGUGACAGCCGCAUCGCCGAGAUCAGAGAGCUAAGCGCCGGCCUCGCUCGCCUCGAGAACAAACGUCUAAGCCAGCAGCGCUUCGUGCCUACACCUGAAAAGUCCGAGAGCCUGAGCAAGCUUGCUCUCAGCGCGAAGGUCGAACGGGCCCUGGGCAGGAGGAUGUCCGGCCAGGACGCCGUGAUGCGCAAGCCGGUGAUUCUGGACGAGAAGAACAUGAUCAAGUCCGCCUCUUAA